AUGGUACAAUAUCCGUUUGUGGUGGUGUAUUAAAUAAAUGCAGAGAUUACGAUUGCUAAGAGCUUAGUAGAAUUUACUCAUGCUGAAUUACUUUAUGUUCAGAAACCAACACUGAUGGAAGUUGUGUUACAGGAUAUGAUGGAGCUUGCUUGCAUUUAAUUUGUUCCAUAUUUGAAUUCUUCAGAUCGAAAAGUAUGUAAUCUAUAUACAUCUUGUGCUGAUGCUUUCUAUAUAACUCUUUGAGAAUGUAGUUCCAUCUGAUGUGCAAAUUGACAAUUAUGAAGAACAUGUUCUUAUAUAAUUGUAAAAUAAUGAAUUGAUAAUUAUUAUUAUUUCAAUUAUUUAGAUUUAAAUGGACACCUUUAAGUGUAGAUUCAUAUCUCAUGAAAAUGAAGAAAUUAUUGGAUUUUGCUUGAAUUAGGAUUGUUAAUAUGCAACUUAAUAUUGUUAUGAAUGUUUAACUUCUAUUCAUUCAUAGCAUUAAAAUGAUUGCGUUCGAUUCUCUAAAAUGAGUGAUUCCAUUAAUGAAUUCAUAGAAGCUUACAAUCAAUCAACUAAAUAACUCAAAGAAAUCUCAAAAUCAGUUUAAAAUUGUUUUGAAUAGGUUUUUAAAAUAAUCGAAUAAGAUGUUAACAAAUUAGAAAAUAUGAAACAUCAACUUGAAACCAAGGAAUAUAUAACCUUAAAGUCAUAAAUCAACAUUAAUAAAAAGUAAUUCUCAAAGGAAAAUGAAAAUUAAAUAUGUAUUCAUUAGAGUAAUAUUAAUAGAAAAACGAAUAAUAGAAUAUAAUGAUAUUCUUAUAACAAUUAAGAAUAUGGUAAGAGAUUUAAACAGCAGUUAAAUAGGUUCUGGUAAGUUAGAGAAAAAAAAAAUCAUCAUUAAAGAAAUUUAGAUGGGUAAUGAUGAAAAGAAAUAGAACAUAAUAUAAUCUGAAAAACAUGUUAGUGAAGGUAUAUGAAUAUCAUUAGAUAAAAGGAUUGGCAUUACAUAAUGUUAAUAAAUAUCAAGAAGCAAUUGAAUGUUACGACGAAGCUAUUACAAUUAACCAAUAAAAUGAGUGCGCAUAGUAUUGCAAGGGUAUUUAAUUGGUAAACAUUUUCAAAUAGGAAAUUCAUUAAUAAAAUUGAUUAAAUAUCAAGAGGCAAUUGAAUGUUACGACAAAUCAAUUGCUAUUAACGUAAAAUAUGAUUCUGCAUGGGAUAAAAAGGGUAUUUAAUGAUUGGAAUUAUAUUUAGGAAAUGCAUUAUACAAUCUGAAUAAAUAUCAAGAAGCCAUUGAAUGCUACAACAAAGCUAUUGCUAUUAAUCCAAACAAUCAUUCUGCAAGUUAUAAUAAGGGUAGUAAAUCUUUAAACAGUAUUAUUUUAGGAAAUGCAUUAUAAAAUUUGAAUAAGUAUCAAGAAGCAAUUGAAUGUUACGACAAAGCAAAUGCUAUUAAUCCAUUAUAUGAACAUGCGUGGUAUUAAAAGGGUAGUUAAUCUUUAAACAAUGUUACUUAGGCUUGGCGUUAGACGAUUUGAAGAGAUAUCAUGAUGCAAUUGAAUGCUACCAUAAAGCUAUUUGUAUUAAUCCAAAAUAUGAUAGCGCAUGGUAUAAAAAGGGUAGUAAAUUGUUAAAAAUUAUUAUUAAGGAAAUGCAUUAUAAAAUUUAAAUAAAUAUUAAGAAGCGAUUGAAUGUUACGACAAAGUUAUUGAAAUUUAAGUAAAAUAUGAUUCUGCAUGGGAUAAAAAGGGUAUUUAAUGAUUAGAAUUAUAUUUAGGAAAUGCAUUAUACAAUCUGAAUAAAUAUCAAGAAGCCAUUGAAUGCUACAACAAAGCUAUUGCUAUUAAUCCAAACAAUCAUUCUGCAAGUUAUAAUAAGGGUAGUAAAUCUUUAAACAGUAUUAUUUUAGGAAAUGCAUUAUACAAUUUGAAUAAGUAUCAAGAAGCAGUUGAAUGUUACGACAAAGCAAAUGCUAUUAAUCCAUAAUAUGAACAUGCGUGGUAUUAAAAGGGUAGUUAAUCUUUAAACAAUGUUACUUAGGCUUGGCGUUAGACGAUUUGAAGAGAUAUCAUGAUGCAAUUGAAUGUUACCAUAAAGCUAUUUGUAUUAAUCCAAAAUAUGAUAGCGCAUGGUAUAAAAAGGGUAGUAAAUUGUUAAACUUCAUUAUUUAGGAAAUGCAUUAAAAAAUUUGAAAAUAUAUCAAGAAGCAAUUGAAUGUUAUGAAAAAGUUAUUGAUAUUAAUUUUAAAUAUGAUAACGUUUGGUAUAACAAAGGUAGUUAAUCAUUUAUAAUUAUGUUUUAGGAAAUGCAUUAUUCAAUUUAAAUAAAUAUCAAGAAGCAAUAGAAUGUUAUAACUUAGAGAUUGCUAUUAAUCCAUAAUAUGAACAUGCAUGGUAUUAGAAGGGUAGUUUAUCUUUAAACAAUGUUACUUAGGCUUGGCGUUAGACGAUUUGAAGAGAUAUCAUGAUGCAAUUGAAUGCUACCAUAAAGCUAUUUGUAUUAAUCCGAAAUAUGAUAGCGCAUGGUAUAACCAGGGUAGUUAAUUAAACCUUAUUAUUUAGGAAAUGCAUUAUACAAUUUAAAUAAAUAUUAAGAAGCGAUUGAAUGUUACGACAAAGCAAUUGCUAUUAAUUCAAAAUUUGACUCUGCAUGGAAUAACAAAGGUAUUUAAUUGUUUAAGAAUUUUCUUUAGGAAAUGUAUUAGACGAUUUAAAUAAAUAUCAAGAAGCAAUUGAAUGUUACGACAAAGCUAUUGCUAUUAAUUUAAAUUAUGAUAAUGCAUGGUAUAACAAGGGUAGCUAAUUAUGAAAUUUAUUUAAUUAGGUUUGGCAUUAUAAAAUUUGAAUAAACCACAAGAUGCAAUUUAAUGCUAUGACAGAGCUAUUGCUAUUGAGAAAAAAUUUGAUAACGCUUGGUAUAACAAGGGUAGUUGAUCAUUAAAUAUUAAUAUUUAGGAUUGGCAUUAUAAAAUUUGAAUCAAAAUUAAGAAGCAAUUUAAUGUUACGACAAUGCCAUUGCUAUUAAUUAAAAAUAUGAUUUAGCAUGGAAUAACAAAGGUAGUUAAUCAGGAUUCAUUUUUAGGAAAUGCAUUAGCCGAUUAGAAUAAAUAUCAAGAAUCAAUUAAAUGUUAUGACAUAGCUAUUGCUAUUAAUCCAAAAUUUGAUUCCUCUUAUAAUAACAAAGGUAGUUAAUCUUUAAGCAUUUUCAUUUAGGUUUUGCAUUAUACAAUUUGAGAAAAUAUAAAGAAGCAAUUGAAUGCUAUGACAAAGCUAUUGCUAUUAAUAAACAAAACGAAUAGGCAUGGUAUAACAAGGGUAAGCCUUUUUAAAAUUUAGGUUUGACACUACAAAAGUUAUUUAAAUAUAACGAUGCAACAUCCUGUUUUGAUCAAGCCCUUAAUCUACAAACUGCUCAUAAUCGAUUACAAAUUAAAGGUAUACCAACCAUUAAUUUAUAAUUAGCUGAUUCAUUAUUUUAAUUAGGAAAAUCAUCAGAAGCUAAAAAAUAUUAUUUGGAUGCUUUGGAAAUAGUAUCAAAUGAAAAGAUUUAUAUAUUGAACUAACUAUCAAAGUUAUGA